GCGCCGGGAGCAGAGCCGCGGCGGCAGGUGACGGAUAACGAACACCUGGAUGGAUCCUUGUCGUGGAGGGAGCUGCACACCUGACGCUCCUGCUCCCCUAGACGUGAUGCAGCACCGUCCCUCUGAAUAAUAUCCACGGCCGCGCACCGGAUGUACCGGAUGUACCGGAUGUGACGUAGGGUCCGAUCCUUGUUUAAUGGUGCGCUCUUGACUUAUGACCAGGAAGUGAGGCUAGCUGCUACUCUGCGGGUGAAAAGCACAGAAAAGAACCGAAGAAAAGCCCCAUUAAUGGUCCUGGUUUCACCAACGACGUCAUUGGAUGCAGGACGCGCUCGCGGCACAGCUUGACGUCAUCGUUCCGCGCCUCGCGAGCUGUUGAGACCGCGAGCCCGCUGCUCUUUAUCCAGCUGGCAGAUCGUCGCUCGUUAGCAGCUGGUGAGCGCGAUGGUUCCGAUGGUUCCGGUUCGGACCGUCGUGGCUGCGUGUUUCCUGCUACUGCUGCCCGGGUGCAGAGCGAGGAUCCACAAGCUCACCCUGCAGAAUGAAACUCGGUUUGUCGUCGACCUCAACAACUUUGGUUUCUAUGCCAACGGAACGCUGGACGUCAACGUGUCCCUGCGCCUCCCGGAGCAGCUGAACUACAGCGCCUACCCGGUGGGCUUCACCCUCUCUCGCUCCCGGGUGAACGGCGUCCUCUCCUACACGGCCGAGGAGACGGAGACGUGCCCGCUCACCGUCGCCAAGUUCACCAGCAGCGAGCCGCUCAUCCUGUUCCUCAUCGACGUCUCCACGCUCAGUGUCAGUGUGAGAGCCAUGGGCGACCAGGACAACCUCCUGAUAGCCAGGCCCAAGGCCGAAGCGCCGAAAGGUCUGAGGAAGACCAGGGAUGUUCCUCCUCCUGUGACAGUAGCCCCACCACGUAAACCAUCAACCAGCGGGGGGAACGGAGCUCAGGAACCAGACCACCAGGAACCAGACCAGCAGGUGACCCAGAAGGACCAGAAUGCUGCGACCCAGAGUCCAGAACACAAGUCCGACCCGGCAGGAGAUGCUCUGAAGGUGGAGGAGAACGAGUUCCAGCUGGAGAAGCUCAAGCAGGUGACCUUAGCGCUGGACAAAGUCAACGGCUCCUACAACUUCAGCUUCCACUUGGUGGUCGGCGUGCUGGCGGAGGGUCUGUACAGCCUGAAGUUCCACUACUGUCACAACCGGGUUCCUGGGAUCAAGAUCCCCUACUCGCUGGCCGUGGAGGUGACGGAGAAGAACCCGGGCGGCUACCUGUCGGCUGCAGAGAUCCCUCUGUCCCGCCUCUACAUCGGGAUGGCCGGAGUCUUCUUCACCGCCGCCGUGGUCUGGGUCUACGCGCUCAUGAAGCACAGGUUCAGUGUGUUUAAGAUCCACUGGCUCAUGGCGGCUCUGGCCUUCACCAAGUCCACGUCGCUGGUCUUCCACAGUAUCAACUACCACUUCAUCAACACUGAGGGCCACCCCAUAGAAGGCUGGGCCGUGAUGUACUACAUCACUCACCUCCUGAAGGGGGCGCUGCUCUUCAUCACGCUGGCUCUGAUCGGCACCGGCUGGGCCUUCGUCAAGUACAUCCUGUCUGACAAGGAGAAGAAGAUCUUCAUGAUCGUCAUCCCGCUGCAGGUGCUGGCAAACGUGGCCUUCAUCAUCAUCGAGUCCACGGAGGAAGGCUCCAGUGAGUACUACCUGUGGAAGGAGAUCCUCUUCCUGGUGGACCUCAUCUGCUGCGGAGCCAUCCUGUUCCCUGUGGUCUGGUCCAUCCGUCAUCUUCAGGAAGCUUCCAGCACCGACGGCAAAGCGGCCAUGAAUCUGGAGAAGCUCAAACUCUUCCGCCAUUAUUACGUGAUGAUCGUGUGCUACAUCUACUUCACGAGGAUCAUCGCCAUCCUGCUGAAGGUCACGAUGCCCUUCCAGUGGCAGUGGUGCUACGAGUUCCUGGUGGAGGUUUCCACUCUGGUCUUCUUCGUGUUGACGGGCUACAAGUUCCGCCCGGCGUCCAACAACCCGUACCUCCAGCUGCCCCUAGACGAGGAGGACGUGGAGAUGGACGAGGUGAUGACUGAGUCCGGCGUUCUGGAGGGCAUCUCCAAAGUGAAGAAGACGAGUAACGGCCGUGAGCGUCAGAAGGAGUCCACCUUGUGAGCUGGCGCUGCUUCUUUCUGGGGGAGGGCCCUCUAGACCCCUAGGUCAGCUGGUCCAAAGGGGGACACUCGGACCAGGACUCCCCCCCCCCCCCCCCCUCUUUUUGAAACUCUUGGAGUGGUUGCAGUGGGCGUGUCCACGGUCUGGCUAUGCAACACACAGACUCCGCCCACAAAGACGAUAUUUCGGGUGUUUCUCGGCUUUUGAAGCUCCGCCUCUUCCUCCUCCUUUCUGUAGCGUGAGAUCACGUGUUUCUUCUUCCCGUUCUCAGGAAAAGGCUAAUCAAUAAAUGUAUAUUUCAAAUUGGGCACCGGCGUGUGCUGUUCUCGUCCUGCGGUUGUUGUCUCGGUUCCCUGGUGGACUCAAGAGGACUCUGGAUCUUAAUUCAAGACCACAAGGAAAUCUCAAGCCGUCUGAUUUAGGUAAAAUCUUGGUGAGGUUAGGCCCCGCCCCUUCCUGUGUCCCCCAUGGGACCGUAUCCGUUUAAAAGAAGACGGCUCAACUAGUGUUGGCCGUUAGCAUGGCCAGAUAGCUAGUGAGCUAACGUGGCUAUGUGCUAACGUCAUCGCGGCUGAACCAAUGAUCUUUAAUGUGUAGUUCAUGGCACAGGAAGGGGCGGGACUUAACUCUAAUGCUUAAAAUGCCGUCUGAUCAAACCACGUGGGACUACCCCCCCCCCCCCCCCCCAGUUCGUAUAUUGACAAACAUGGAAGAGGUUGUGUGUUUCAAUAUGUUAACUUCCUACGUAUUGAUCCGUUUCUGCUGCUGUAAUUUAGUGGUUGUGGUCCGGCCCGGUGUUGCUGCGUGGACCCCCCGCCCCCUCUCUGGACCCGCUUCUGAAUCUGUCUUCGGCUUUUGGUUUUACCUUCGUGCUCUUUGAUGUGAAGCUUAUUUUAUGACUUAUUGAUGACUUGUAAAUACUUCCCAGGCGAACGUUUCCUCGUAAACGGUGAUGACGAGGUCGGGACCCCUUUGGGGGGGGGGGUCUUCCUGUUUGAUGUCUGUGUGAAGCGUCACAAUAAAGCUGCUGUUCUGAAAAGAGCUUGUUUGUGAGUGUGAAAAGCAGUUUUUAAUAAUUUAAACGUUCUGCAGUAACUUUGUGUGUUUGAUGAACACAAACUACACACGAGACAUUUAAUAAAGAACGACACUUUCCAGA